UCAACAUACACUUUCUAGCCUUCUAGGUUCCACACGUAUUCCCUGACCCUGUUAAAGCCGUCAGAUCACAAAUGUGUAAAUUUCCAUGGAAACGGCUGUAAACCAUGGAAUAAACGUUCCGUACACGUCAACAACAGCCAAUCAUCGUCCACCAAAGACCCAGAAUGUCCUUCGACUCCAAGCCCAUGUUCCCUUUGCCAUGAGACGAGCCUCUGCCAAUAUAAUCAUCGCCAACCUCAACAAUCGCCUCCAAAAGCCACAACCCCUUUGCGCUCACACCCACUACUCCAUGGCCGAAAAGGACCCAACAAGCAAAGCUCAACCAUUUGAAUCAAAAACUGAAGGCAUCAAGAACAAGGAGCUAGAAGAAGAAGAAGAAGAAGAAUCGAAGAAAUUGCCUCCGCCGCCAGAGAAGCCAUUGCCAGGGGAUUGUUGUGGCAGUGGAUGCGUGCGGUGCGUCUGGGACGUGUAUUAUGAGGAGCUCGAGGAAUAUGACAAGCUUUACAAAACUGAUUCCAAGCCCAAAUCUUGAAGUUUAUUGUUUUGUUUUGUUCGAUUAGGUAGCUUGAUUUGUUCAAGGAUAUGUGUUUCUUGGAAUUGGAUACAGAUUUUUCAAUUGUUGUACUUUAUUUGAUGAUAAGUUGUUAAUGAAAAAGGAUUUGUCUUCCCAAUUGUUGGGAAAUCA